AUGGAACUCAACCGAGAACAUUUUAGCGCCAUAAUUUAUUACAACUUUCAGAGACAAUUAUCGCAACAAGAAUGCCUUGCUGAUCUUAGCGACGAUCCAAGAGUGGGUGCACCAAAAACGGCAGAGCAGAAAGCAGCCAGAUUAAAAAAUGUGUUCAGCAUUGUUAGUGGUGAUGAAUCGUGGAUUUACUGUGAAGAAAAGCCAACAAAAGUGGUCGCGACAUCUGUGUCAAAAGCGGGUCAUAUUGCAAUAAUUCCUCUUAAUGAGCAAAUAACUGUUACUGUUACCACAAUUUGUUUGCCAAAAGUCAUCACCGAGCUUCGAACAAUUAACCCCGAAAGAAGAAUCACCCUCCACCAAGACAAUGCAAGCUCGCACAGAGCCCAAAAAACAAGGCAGUAUUUAACGGAAGAAAACGUGGAGUUAUUGGACCAUCCUCCAUAUAGUCCCGGUCUAAGUCCUAACGAUUUCUUUACUUUCCCGAAAAUUAAAAACAGACUGCGUGAUCAAAGGCUCCAGUCACCAGAAGAAGCAGUUGACGCAUUCAAAAAUGCCUGGAAUAAGUGCUUCGAAAAUUGGUUCGAGCGCAUGCAGAUGUGUAUUAAUCUUCGUGGAGAAUACUUCGAAAAACAAUAA